CUGCCCUGUCUUCUAUAUUUAACACAAACUAGACCCAGCUCUGGCUGUGUGAAGCUCUCUGUACUCCGUGUGUGUCCGCAUGCUCCGCUAUACACCACAACUCCCUCGGUCACACUUGAACGCUACACGCAUCGGAGAGGACUACAGUGAGCAGGUAAAGAGGCUGAGUCGCAUGAGGAGCAGAGCAAAUCUUUGAAAUUGAUUAAAAUACAUGUUUUGCACUUGGGGAGUAGCAUACGUUAAGCGUGCGCGCUUUGGUGUCUGCGCAACCUUGUGCGUAAAAAUAACUUGCUCCGUGCGUAAAAUUGCAUUAACCGGCGAAAUACGGCGAGUGGGGCUGCGCUCAGCGGAAAUAAAAUCUCAUUCUAACUUCCGUUGCUGCUCUGGUGCGACACAGCGACCCACAUUGCAUGCGGCACUGUCCCAGCCGGUUUAAGUUGAGGAAUUAUUUAUGUUGCAAGGUCAAAUAUGAGGUAAAGGCAGAGGCAGGCAGCUGCCUUUGGCCACACCAGCCAUGGAGGGACUCUACUUUGAAGUGAAGCCCCGAAGAGGCAGGCCAGGAAGUGAUGACAAGCCCUGUCAUAAUAUAACUUCAAACCGCUGCUCGCUUCCAUCAGUUUUACAUCUCAACUCCCCCACAUUGUGUCCUGAGAAACUCACCUCUGCUCGGAAGAGGGCUUCAACAUGGGAGGAAAAGUUGGAGGAAGAAGGAGAAGAGGAGGAGGUGCAAUACAAGCUGAACCUGAUUGGUUCUCUGCCUGUCCACCACUUGACCACCAUGGCCAUGCUGCCCUGGGUGGUGGCUGAGAUCAGCAAAGCGCAGCCUGCAGAGAGGGAACCGGGUGCUGGGUUGUGUUCCAGAAGUCCCGGCGGUGGACAGUUGGACUCUCUUGCCCUUCAUCAGACAGUUUUUCUGUGUGUGUCGGCAUCAUGGGUGCGAUGUGUGUCUGUCCUGGAAGAGGGAGACGUUUGGGACCCUCUGACACACACAGUGCUGUUUGAAUGUCGUCCACACCAGGUGACCAAGCUAAUUCACAACAGCCAGGAGCCCAGCAGCUUUGGCUGCCUGGUCAGAGACACACCAAACUGUGCCUGCUACGUCUUCCAGUGCCAGGACAGCACCAAGGUUCCUGAGAUCAUCAGUACGUUGAGGCAGGUUGGCAAGAGCUCGGCACGCAACGAUGACAUCACCAUUCUCGCCAGCAAAAGUUCCAGUGGAGGCAGUGAUCCAUCUGAAACAGGCUUUUCUUCUCUCUCCACAACAACAACCACCGUGGCACCCACUAUUGCCGUGUCUCCAACAGCCUUUGCCAAGAAGUUUGAGGUGCUGUUUUGUGGCCGUGUGAGUGUCGCACACAAGAAAGCCCCCCCUGCCCUGAUCGAUGAAUGCAUCGAGAAGUUUAGCCAGUUACAUGGCUCAGGGAUGAGAGAUAAAGGAGGAAAUAGUGGGGGAUUUGUGGGUGGGCUGAGGAGGGCAUUAACCUUGCCAUCCAAUGGACUAGGGGGUGGUGCGGUUGGCAAUGGUGCUGCAGAGAGCCCAACCACCGGGAAGCGUCCGGUCCUGUUUAAAAGAGACCCCAGCUUUCCCUGCCUGCAGGCCCUGGAUGAGAAUGGACUCUCACCAGAGAUCUCUCACACCAACACUACUGACGCACAGGCCCACUCAGCUGGAGUACAGCCCACCAGCCUGCAGGAGAACAGGACCAUGCUGUUUACGGUGGGCCGGUCUCAGAUCUUCUUGGUCAGUCCAGACACUAAGAAAGUUGCCAUAGAAAAGAGUUUCAGAGAAAUCUCCUUCUGCUCACAGGGUAUUCGUCAUGUGGAUCACUUUGGCUUCAUCUGCAGGGAGACAGUGGACGGCGGGAGCUGCCACUUUGUUUGCUAUGUCUUUCAGUGUACCGACGAAUCACUGGUGGAUGAGAUCAUGCUGACUUUGAAGCAGGCGUUCUCUGUGGCAGCCCUGCAGCAGAAUGCAAAGACCCAGAGCCAGCAGUGUGACAGCUGCCCCAUGCAGCAACUCCACAGACUGUGUGAAAAGAUAGAAGGUCUACACCCAUCUAAAACCAAGCUGGAGCUUCAGAAACACUUGGCCACUCUGGACAACCAGGAGCAAGCUUCAGUCUUUGAAAACACUAUGAGGGCUCGUCCUAAGAGCGAUCAGGAAGAGAAUGAGUUGGUGAUGGCCUCUUUGAGGAAUCUGUAUGAGGAGAGACAGAGGAGCCAUCAGCACACGCUGUGUGGAGACAGCAAACAGGUGUGUGAGGAGGCAGCUCCGGCCCCGGUGGAGGCGCAGCAGCAGAGCAGCAGUCGGCAGCGGCUUGAGCAGUUCAAGACCCGAGCCAAGCGCUCUCUCACUGAGUCCCUGGAGGGGAUCUGGAAGGGGAGCAGCAAGGCCAGAGCUCAGAGGGACAAUAGUGUCGGAAGUGACAGCGGCUCUUCCACAUGUACGGUCAAAAGCAGCCAGGAUCAGUCUUGUCUAGAUGACCCCUUGCCUGUCUCCACCCAGCUGCGACCCACCAGCCCACUCAGGUGCCACAACUCAACAGGAGACCUGAAGCGCAUUGACUCCUCUCUCCCCAUCUCUCCCUCCUCCUCCUCUUUACCCGGUGAUGCUCAGCCACAGGGCUUCCGCCGACGGGCCAGCACCUUCAGCCACCCUCCCACCCCUUCCUCAGCGGAGUACUCACUGGUGCACAUACUAACUCAGACGCCACAGGACCCUACUGCAGCCUCCAAGCCCAAGCUUGUACGACACUACUCCGUCAGCACCGACACUCCACACCAGAGCAAUGAUGUAGCAGCUCUGUCCACACCAAGUGCAGCAUGUGGGGUAGAGGAAAGUCCUCUGCGCAGCCACCGGCACUCAUGGAGGCAGCAGAUCUUCCUACGGGUUGCUACACCUCAGAAGAACACAGAAACCAACGAGCGGGGGGAUCCCUGUCUAGAGGGGGUUCGAGUGUGCGUGGGCCAGGUGGGAGUUGGAGCAAGUGGUGAUUCGUCCAUCAGGGUGGUGCCUGAGGAGAGGACGAAAAGGAGCAAAGAGGAGCUAAGGGAGCUCUGGAGGAAGGCCAUCCUGCAGCAGAUCCUGCUGCAGAGGAUGGAGAGGGAGAACCAGAAGCUACAGGCCUCAGAGAGUGACCUGCAGAACAAGCGCCUGAAGCUGGACUAUGAGGAAAUCACUCCGUGUCUGAAGGAUGUCACUCUGGUCUGGGAGAAAAUGCUAGGAACUCCUGGGCGGGCAAAAGUCAAAUUUGACACAGAGACCAUACAUGCUGCUGUUGCACAAGGUGUUCCACGGCAGCAUCGGGGGGAGAUCUGGAAGUUUCUCUCUGAACAGUAUCUGCUCAGACAGACGGUCCCCUCCCGACCCCCCACCAACCACACUCCAUACAAAGAGCUGCUGAAACAGCUCACCUCGCAGCAACACGCCAUCCUCAUAGAUCUGGGUCGCACUUUUCCCACCCAUCCGUAUUUCCAAGCUCAGCUGGGGGCAGGACAGCUCUCUCUGUAUAAUUUACUGAAAGCCUACUCACUGCUGGACCCUGAGGUGGGCUACUGUCAGGGCCUGUCCUUCAUUGCUGGAGUGCUGCUGUUACACAUGGGGGAAGAGGACGCCUUCAACAUGCUCAAAUUUCUAAUGUAUGACGUGGGGCUCCGCAAACAGUACAGGCCUGACAUGAUUAUCCUGCAGAUUCAGAUGUACCAGUUGUCGCGGCUGCUCCACGACUACCACAGGGAUCUUUACAGCCACCUCGAGCAGCAGGAGAUCGGGCCCAGCUUAUAUGCCACCCCUUGGUUUCUCACCGCCUUCGCCUCACACUUCCCCCUCGGUUUUGUGGCCAGAGUCUUCGAUAUGUUGUUCCUGCAAGGGUCAGAGGUCAUCUUUAAGGUGGCCUUGAGCCUGCUGGGGAGCCACAAGCCGCUGAUCCUGCAGCAUGAGAGCCUGGAGUCCAUAGUGGACUUCAUCAAAACCACGCUGCCCAAUCUGGGCCUGGUGCAGAUGGAGAAAACCAUCAACCAGGUUUGUGAGAUGGACGUGUCCAAGCAGCUCCAGGCCUAUGAGGUGGAGUACCACGUCCUGCAGGAUGAGCUGCUGGACACGCCCCCAACCCUCAACCAACAACAGCGAGCUGCACAGCUGGAGAGGACCAAUCAGAGCCUCCGACAGCAGAACCUCGACCUGCUGGAGGAGCUGCAGGUGUCACAUGCUCGCGUCUGCAGCCUGGAGAACCGGGUGGAGGCUUUGACCCAGUCAGAGGGCCGACUGAGGGAGCAGGUUUCUGCACUGGAGGAGGAGAAGAAGCAGCUAGCGAGCACCGUCACACGCCUCCAGGACCUCCUCACAAGCCUCGGCAUACAAACCACCCCUGACGGGCCCACACUCCCCCCACCCUCUGAAAGACACACAGUCACAGCAAAGGUGGAGGAGCUGGCAAGCAGGACUGUGGACUCCCUUUUCCACCCUUUGGCUCUCCCAUAGGGUUCAUAACCACACCUAAUAAUUUUUGAAAUGGUGAGGUCGACCCGAGGAGGGGCCGGUUAUGGAAUGCCCAUGAGGAGAAGGUGGAGUGAGAUGUCAAGACGCCUCCCGACCUCGACCUUCAUCCUCCUCCCACGUCAUGAAUGUUUUAAUAAAAAGAGGAAAUACAGAAAACAGAGAGGAGAAUGGAAAUCUAACAAAAAUGGGGAUGACGUCAAAAGAGAGAGCGGAAAAAAAUGAAAGAAAGAAUGGCAGCCUUGAGUAUUAUCCCAAAAUGCAUCAAGUGUCCUUUUCCUGUCUCUAACAAAUAUAGACCAACAUGUGAUUUGACCAACAAUCCCCAAAGAUAGCACUGUCCCACUGGGCCUCUACUGUAAAAACAAAAGUUACAUUUGCACCUGUGCUUGUAUGUUUGUGUCUCUGUGUUUGUUUGUGAGUGUCGUAACUCACGGUUUUUAUGCUCCCGCAAGAGGGUUUGUGUGGAUGUGUCGGAUGCAACAAGGCUUAAAUAGCCAAAGAAUGUCCUUAUUAUGUAGAACAAGCUCGAACAAAGAACGUGUUUUUGAUCCUUCUUUCACAUAACAAGUGAGUGAUACAAAGAUGAAACGUUUCCAAAGCAAAAAAUAAGUGCAACAAGUGAAAGUGAGAUGAAGGGACGGGUGAAGAAAUAAACUUCAUGACUAAGUGUUUUUUUGUUUGUUUGUCUGUUAUAAAAGUAUGAGUAUCACAUAAGCUAAUUGUUGUUAGAUCUUGGAUGGUGGUGCUCAUAUUCAGAGGUCAGAGGUGAACUAUUUUUGGUUUCUCCUCCAUAUUUCUAGUCUUCCACAGUUCUCCUUUCUCAACCCUGUAUGUUCCAAACUUCAUUUAGUUACAGCAGUUUACAGGAAGGGGAACACAAUAAAUCCAGUCCAUUUCACAUCCUGUUUUUUCACCUUUGAAUACGCAUCAAUGCGUUGGUGUAGAAAGGGAAAGAGAUGCAGUUUCAGCAGAAAACUCUUUACACAGUAGCGGUGCCUUUCUGUUGACGGGAAGUACAAACUUUUAUAGAUCAGUUACUUUAAAUGACUGAAAAACACAGUUAUGUCUGAAGCUUCAAACAGGAAACCUCUGCUGUUGAGACAAUCUGUCAGCUAUGAGUCAUUUACUGUAUUCAACACACUGAAUUCCUUCAGCCCGAGCCACAGCUCGCUGUGUAAUGUCUGAAAAUGUUUCGGUGGGUCUGUGUGCUUGUGCACUUCACUGAUGGCAACCAACCUGUUGAUUUACACUGUAUAGAUAUUUUACUCCAGACUGUCCUUGCACAUGUGUUUUGUUUUAAUUGAUUAUUGUUAUUAUUGUUAUUCCGUACUUAACAAAUACAUUUCAUAUCCUGUCAGCG